AUUUUGUAAGUUAAAGGUUAUGUGGCCAAGUAGGAGAGUUGGGGACCUCUCUUUGUGUCUCUACAUAGUUUUGUAAACCUCACAUCUCUUUCUUCGCUUGCAUUCUCCAAACUCCAAUUUUUUUUGUUUCUCUCAAUAAUAUUUGUGUUCAUACUGUUUCGCUGUUUCCAAUACAUACUAAUGGAUAACACAAACCGUCUUCGCCGCCUUCACUGUCAUAAACAACCCAAGUUCACUCAUAGCUCUCAAGAAGUGAGUAGUAUGAAAUGGGAGUUUAUCAAUAUGACCGAACAAGAAGAAGAUCUCAUCUUUAGAAUGUACAGACUUGUUGGCGACAGGUGGGAUUUAAUAGCAAGAAGAGUGGUGGGACGUGAGGCAAAGGAGAUAGAGAGAUACUGGAUUAUGAGAAAUUGUGACUAUUUCUCCCACAAAUGACGCAAAAGUCACUCUCUUUAAAAAAUCUCGAGAAUCUCCCUGUUUUUCUAUUUCUCAUCCUCAUUAAAUAAUUUCUGUGAUUGUGGACAAGAAAAGCUUUAUUAAGUUGUCGAGUGGGGUUCUCCUCAUCAUUAAAUCUGUUAUGGUCACGGAAAUUACCACUUUAAUUGGCAGAAAAAACCUCUAUGAUUAUAAGAC